UCAAACAUUCUCUCAUUCAAUUUCGCCGUCAUUUGUAUGGAUCCAUCGUCAAGUGAUGAGCACGGCGAUAAUCACUCAAAAUUAUCAACAUCGUUGAACGAUACUUCAACAGAAUAUUACACUUUCACCAGUUAUGAACGGUCGCUUCUUACCUCAACAGUUGCAAUCGCUGCGUUGAUUGCCAACUUCCCGGUGGUAGCACUCGUCAACCACUUUGGUAUCCGUACCGUUUUGACUUCGCUUGGUAUUCUAACUGGAGUGUCAACAUGCUUGAUACCUAUAGCUAUUAAAGCUGGUUUCUACUAUUUCUUAGCGAUGCGCUUCUUUCAAGGUGUCGCCUUUGCAGCUAAUUUCCCUGUGAUCGGUAGUUUCUGCUCGAGAUGGGCUUACUAUAAGCAGAAUGGAAUGUUCGUCUCGUGUUUGGUCGCAUACAUCCAACUUUCACCCGUAAUGACAAUGCCCCUGUCUGGAGCGCUAUGUGAAUAUAGUGGAUGGCAGUCUGUAUUUUAUGUGCACGGUGCAUUCUCGCUGAUUGUUUUCAUUACAUACGGACUGUUCUAUCGGAACAAUCCACAGAAACAUCCAAUGGUCACGGUGACGGAAUCAAGUAAGAUUGCAGUUGGUAAAGUAUGCGCGAAUAAGGCGGAUUUGAGGAAUAUUCCCUAUGCGGCAAUCCUGAAAACGCCAGCCGUAUGGGCCGUAUGGGUAGCAGCAAUUGGGAACUUCUUCUGCGUCAACAUGCUAUUCCUGUUCUCACCAAUCUACAUCAACAAGGUGUUGGGUUUCGAGGUACGAUCAACUGGUCUGGGUGCAGCAUUCGCACCGCUCGUACAGUUCUGUGUGAAACUUUCAAUUGGUAUAAUCUCAGAUAAAGUGAGAUGUCUGUCAGAAACCAAUAAAUUGCGAAUGUUCAACUCGGUCGCUUUCUUCGGUUCAGCUGCUCUGCUCUCACUCUUGUCAGUGAUUAGCGUUGAGUAUAGGUCUCUGUGUAUGGUGGUGAUGGGUUUGGGUGUUGGCGUACUUGGUGCUACCACAGGCGGUUUCUUCAAAUCCGGACCACUUAUUUCGAAACAGUACAGUCAUUUCGUUACUGGGAAUGUUUCAUUGGGCAUCGCAAUAACAAUGCUUUUCGUGCCCAUCGUGAAGAAUUUGCUUGCACCAGAGAAUACCGCACAACAAUGGGGUUUUGUCUUUAACGCAACUGCAGUCAUGAUGGUAUGUUUUUUGGGGAUUUUCAUGUUCAUAUAA